AUGGCUCCUACAGGCCCCAUCACAACUGAGCUCACCAAGGUGCUCGGCAUCAGGCACCCCAUUCUCCUCGCCGGCAUGGCGCGCGUGUCUGGCGGUGCCCUCGCCGCCGCCGUCUCCAACGCCGGCGGCCUCGGCGUCGUCGGCGGCUUCAAGUACACUCCCGACCAGCUCCGGGAUAUUCUCAAAGAGCUCAAGGCCAGCCUCACAAGCCCAGACCUGCCCUUUGGCGUGGACCUGGCCCUUCCGCAAGUCGGCGGCAGCGCGCGCAAGACAAACUACGACUACACCGACGGUAAGCUCGAUGAGCUCAUCGACCUUACCAUUGAGAGCGGCGCCAAGCUCUUUGUCUCCGCCGUCGGCGUGCCGCCGCAGUACAUUAUUGAGAAGCUGCAUAAGAACAACAUCCUGGUCAUGAACAUGGUCGGGCACCCCAAGCACGCAAAAAAGGCCCUGGACCUGGGCGUCGACAUGGUCUGCGCCCAGGGCACCGAGGGCGGUGGCCACACGGGCGACAUUGCCACGUCGAUCCUCAUCCCGGCCGUCGUGGAUGUGGCGCGGCAGUACCGCCCGCCGAUGCUAGGCGGCUCAACGGCGCUCGUCGUCGCGGCGGGCGGCAUCGCCAACGGCCGCGGGCUGGCGGCGUCGCUAAUGCAGGGCGCCACGGGCGUCUGGGUCGGCACGCGGUUCGUGGCCGCGACGGAGGCCAACUGCAGCGAGCAGCACAAGCAGGCCGUCGUCUCGUGCGAGUACCACGAGACGGAGCGGUCGCUGGUCCCUACCGGCCGUCCCAUCCGCCUCAAGCUUAAUGAUUACAUCCGCCAGUGGCACGCGCGCCCCAACGAUAUCAAGGAGCUGUGUGACAAGGGUAUCGCACCCAUCAUGUACGACUUUGACAAUGGCAAAGAGGAUAUUGACCUGCCGCACCUGAUGGGCCAGGUAGCAGGGUCGAUCACAAAGGUGCAGCCGGCGGCCGAGAUUGUGGAUGGAAUGGUUGCAGAGGCUACCGAGAUGCUACACAAGGCGAGCACGUUUGUUGGACCUUCCAAGCUGUAA